AUGGUGGCGAUACAGCACAAAAUCCCAGCGGAUGGUGGCUGUAUUACAUUCAGUCAGAGGUUCCUGUCAGUCUGUCUGGAUGGUGAUGUAUUGGACGUGUCACUAAUCCUUAUGAAGGACUUCCUGGCAGAAGAGGUUACUCGACCAGUCAGCAGCCGGUAUGCCAGUUAAAUAAUUGCUGACAUUUUGCUUGAUUAUAAAUUGUUUAAAGCUAACAUCAGUAGUGGGUAGGUGCUCAAUAUAUAUAAUAAAUAACCUAUAACGAUGUUUAUCACAAGCGCUGUUUGGCACGACGGUAACGCAUUCACCUGUAGAUUAGACGACCAGCAUUCGAAUUGCAGACAACAUCAUGAUUCAUGAAAUCUCAUUCUAACCAAUAAAUGGGCAUGCUCAUUAUAAAUACAUUGUGAUUUAGUUUACAGUAUCAGACUUUUCUUAUUUACAUUUUAGUCAUUUAGCAGACACUUUUAUCCAGAGCGACUUACAGUUAGUGAAUGCAUACAUGUUUUUUUUUUUUAGUUUUUUGUCAUACUGGCCCCCUGUGGGAAACGAACCCACAUCCCUGCCGGCCAAACCCUCCCCUACCUUGGACGACACUGGACCAAUUGUGCGCCGCCCAUGGGUCUCCCGGUCACAGCCGGCUGCGACAGAGCCUGGACUCGAACCAGGAUCUCUAGUGGCACAGCUAGCACUGCGAUGCAGUGCCUUAGACCACCGCGCCACUCGGCCACUUAUGAUUUUGUUUGCAGAGCAUACAGGCUUGCAGUUUAUCGCCAGUUCACCCUAUGGGCACAAGGGAGAAUUGGAUGAGGUGUAUGCUGUGUCAUCCCUGCGUGUCUCAUCUAUUCCAUAAGGUGCGCAUACCCAGAAGCAAGUGGCAUUUACGUAGGGUUUGAGUUUGAAUAAAACCAGUUAAUUUAGUAAAUCUAGCCUGCUGUAAUUUUUUUCAAACAUAGGCCUAAUGCCUGCGCCUUAUGUAAAAAUAGUAUUAGUUAGCUUGUCCACUAUAACAACAGGUUCAAGCGUAACCAGAUAAACUUGCUUUGAAGAUAAAACUACUUUCAACGGGCACUAACCCCGUGUCCCUGUUGCUAGAGUAGUGACUUCAACUAGCUUUGGCUGCCAUCUAUUGGAAAGGAAUGGUAACUACACUGGGCAGCUAGUUGGCAGAGUCAAAGUAGACUUUAAUAAUAUAUGCCAUUUAGCAGACGCCUUUAUCCAAAGCGACCUGGCUACAUGGUAGUGGAAACAGAUCAUAGAAACAGAGGCAUAAUGGGACCCAUCUCGUCCAAAAAGUUGACUCAAGUUUGCCAAAAAGCACCUGGAUGAUCAUCAAGACUCUUGGAAGAACAUUCUAUGGACAGAUGAUUCAAAAGUAUAACUUUUUGGACGACAUGGUUCCAGUAAUGCCUGGUGAAACCAAACUCCGCAUUCCACAGUAAGAACAUCAUACCAAAGGACAAGCAUGGAGGUGGUGGUGUGAUGGUUUGGGGAUGCUUUGCUGCCUCAGGACCUGGACGACUUGCCUUAAUAGAAGGAACCAUGAAUUCUGCUCUGUAUCAGAGAAUUCUACAGGAGAAUGUCAGACCAUCCGUCUGUGAGCUGAAGCUGAAGCGCAGCUGGGUCAUGCAGCAAGACAAUUAUCCAAAACACACAAUCAAGUCUAUAUGAAAAUUGCUAAAAAGCAACAAAUUUGAAGUUUUGGAAUGGCCUAGUCAAAGUCCAGACCUAAUCCCAAUUGAGAUGUUGUGGCAGGACUUGAAACGAGCAGUUCAUGCUUGAAAACCCACACGUCACUGAGUUAAAGCAGUUCUGCAUGGAAGAGUGGGCCAAAAUUCCUCCACAGUGACGUGAGAGACUGAUCAACAACUACAGGAAGCAUUUGGUUGGAGUCAUUGCAGCUAAAGGUGGCACAACCAGUUAUUGAGUGUAAGGGGGCAAUUACUUUUUCACACAGGGGAAUUGGGUGUUGCAUAACUUUGUUUAUGAAAUAAAUAUGUAAUUGUUGUGUUAUUUGUUCACUUAUGUUCCCUUUAUCUAAUAUUAGGUUUUGGUUGAAGAUCUGAUAACAUUCAGUAUCACAAAUAUGCAAAAAUAGAGAAUAUUAGAAAGGGGGCAAAUACUUUUUCAUAGCACUGUAUAACCUUGUUUUACUCCAACAUUUGUAAACAAAGCAAAUGUAAACAAACACAAUACAGCCUCAAAACAUGGUUAAAACUAUAAUUGUGAUAUCAUGGAUGGUCAGUCCUUGCAUCUAUAGCUCUAUGAGUUUGAGAGUGGUUACAUUUCUCCAGCCCCAUCCCUCAGCUUUUUACCGAAAGAGGAGCAGGGAGGACACUUUGUUAUUGUUUCUAUUGCUGAUUGGCACUUUAAGAAGUUAAGUUGCAGAUUAAAUACACACCAAAAUAUGUUACAGAUACUAUAAAAAUGUCACAUCACUCAGACAGUUAGUGAAUACACAGCAUGCAGCACAGCAAUCAAUCAAUCAAUCAAUCAAAUGUAUUUUACAAAGCCCAUUGUCACACCCUGAUCUGUUUCACCUGUCUUUGUGAUUGUCUCCACCCCCUCCAGGUGUUGCCCAUCUUCCCCAUUAUCCCCAGUGUAUUUAUACCUGUGUUCUCUUUUUGUCUGUUGACAGUUCGUUUUGUUUCGUCAGGCCUACCAGCGUGUUUCCCCUUGCUCCUGGCUUUCUCAAAUUCCUGUUUUCUAGUUUUCCUGGUUUUGUCCAUUCUGCCUGCCCUGACCCUGAGUCUGCCUGCCGUACAGAACCUUGUCACACCACCCUGGAUUAUUGACCUCUGCCUGCCCUGACCCUGAGACUGCCUGCCGUUCUGUACCUUUUGGACUCAGAUCUGGAUUACUGACCUCUGCCUGCCCUUUACCUUUCGUUUGCCUGCCCCCUGUUUUUGUAAUACAUUUUUGUUACUUCGACACUGUCUGCAUCUGGGUCUUCUCCUGAAACGUGAUAGUACGAACUGGCCAUGACUGACCCAUCCGACUCGGACCAUCUCCGCAAUGCCAUCUCCUCCCAAGGAGCCACCAUUGGAAGGCACGAGGAGUUGCUUCGUGGUCUCAUGGGAGGGUUCCAGACCUUGGCCGAACGUCAUGACCGAGCGUUUAACACAUUGCAGGAGCAAUUCCACGGGUUGUCUGUUAGGCAGCCUACCACGACGGUAACCUCUCAGCCCCUCAGUAACCCGGCUGUUAGCAGCGCGGCCUACCUGGCCACCCUGGUUUCCAGAGACCCCGCUUACUUCCCCUGGAACGCUUCGCUGUAGAGUCGGGAACCUGUUGGGCAUUUCUUGCUUAGUGUUCGCUCAUCAUCGAGCUGCAGCCCUCCUCCUUCCGCUCUGACCGCUCUAAGAUAGCGUACCUCAUCACGCUGAUGUCCGGGAGGGCUCUCGCCUGGGCUACGGCAGUGUGGGAACAACAGUCGGCCAUAUGCUUCAGUCUGGAGGAGUUCAUGCAGGAGGUAAAGAAGGUUUUCGAUGCUCCAUUGUCCAGGAGAGAGGCUGCCCGGAAGUUACUCCAGCUUCGGCAAAAAUCCCGCAGUGUGGCAGACUAUGCAGUGGAUUUCCGCACGUUGACAGCUGAGUGUGCCUGGAACCCGGAAGCGUUGUUCGGAGUAUCGGAGGAAGUAAAGGAUGAGCUUGCAGGGAACUACUGAUGGAUCUCGACUCACUCAUCGCCUUGACCAUUCGGAUCGAUGGGCGACUACGGGAACGAAGGAAGGAGAGGAAGUCCGAUUCCACUCGCCCGCCCAACGAUUCCACCUCGCCUCCGAGGAAUGCCCGAAAUCCCCGACGGCUCCAUUGCCGAGAGAACCCGAGGCUACCCGAUUUCCCCCGAGAGUCUCCGAAGUCUGCCGAUUCAGCUCUUCCCGAACCGAUGCAACUAGGCAGAGCUAGGCUGUCUCCAGCCGAACGGCAAUACAGGCUUCACAAGAAGAGUUGCCUGUAUUGCGGGUCUACUGGUCAUUUUGUGUCCACCUGUCCACUAAAAGACCAGGCUCACCGGUAGGAGUGAGUACUCUGGUGGGUCAUACGGAAAACUUUUCCUCUCCCCUUACUCGCACCCCCUUUCAUGCCAUCUUGCUGUGGGGGAACCAGUCGAAAUCUCUCCGGGUACUCGUUGACUCUGGGGCCGAUGAGAGCUUUAUGGACACUACCCUGGCGUCCGAGCUGGGCAUCCCCACUCAGCCCCUCUCCAUUCCCAUGGACAUUAGAGCACUGGACGGGCACUCUAUAGGCUGGGUCACCCACAAUACCCCCCCCCCCAUCAUCCUGCGAGUAUCAAGGACCACAGCGAGACGAUCCAAUUCCUGCUAAUUAAGUCUCCUCAGGUUCCCGUGGUAUUGGGUUUCUCUUGGUACCAGCGACACAACCCCUUUAUUAACUGGACCUCUGGGAGGUGUUCAGUAAAGCCCGGGCUACUUCGCUUCCACCGCACCGACCCUACGACUGCGGUAUCAACCUUCCUUCUCCCAAGCACCACUCCGCCCCAGGGACGACUGUACUUGCUAUUGGGUACGGAGAUGAAGGCUAUGGAGACCUACAUUGAGGACACCCCUAGUUGCUGGGUUCAUCCGUCCUUCUGCCUCCCCAGCCGGCGCAGGGUUCUUCUUUGUGGAGAAGAAGGACAAAACUCUGCGCCCGUGCAUCGACUACCGGGGCCUCAAUGGCAUCACGGUGAAGAACCACUACCCGCUACCACUCAUCUCCUCGGCCUUCGAGCCGCUCCAGGGGGCCAACGUGUUCUCCAAGCUGGACCUACGGAAUGCCAACCACCUGGUGCAGAUAUGGCAGGGGGAUGAGUGGAAGACUGCCUUCAACACGGUCAGCGGUCACUACGAGUAUCUAGUCAUGCCAUUUGGCCUUACCAAUGCUCCAGCUGUGUUCCAGGCCCUUGUUAAUUAUGUUCUCCGAGACAUGUUGAACCGGUUCAUCUUCGUCUACCUCGACGACAUCCUCGUCUUCUCCCGCUCCGCCCAAGAACACGUGCUCCACAUCCGACAGGUCCUCCAACGCCUCCUGGAGAACCAGCUUUUUGUGAAAGCGGAGAAAUGCGAAUUUCUUUGCUCCAACAUCCCCUUCCUGGGCUACAUCAUCGCUGCAGGGAGUGUACAGAUGGAUCCUGGGGAGCAGUGGUGGAUUGCCUAGGUCCAGAGUCAGCUGCAACGUUUCCUGGCGUCUCCGCGUUUGUCGCUGCCUGCACGAUCUGUGCGCAGAACAAGACUCCUCGGCAAGCUCUGGCUGGUCUCCUCCAACCUCUGCCUGUUCCUCACCGUCCCUGGUCUCACAUAUCCCUGGACUUUGUCACGGGUCUUCCCCUGUCUGAUGGUAACACCGCCAUCCUGACAGUUGUGGACCGGUUUUCCAAAGCCGCCCACUUCAUUCCUCUCCCUAAGCUACCCUCUGCCAAAGAGAUGGCCCAGCUCAUGGUGCAGCACUUCUUCCGGAUCCAUGGACUCCCAGUGGACAUGGUCUACGACCGGGGUCCUCAGUUCUCGUCCCAGUUCUGGAAGGCGUUCUGCACACUCAUUGGGUCGUUGGCCAGCUUGUCCAGUUUCCACACUCAGUCCAAUGGCCAUUCGGAGCGAGCCAACCAAGACCUGGAAACAACUCUGCGCUGCCUGGUCUCCGCCAACCCCACCACCUGGAGCCAGCAACUAGUGUGGGUCGAAUACGCCCGCAACAGCCUUCCCUGUUCUGCCACGGGUCUUUCGCCCUUUGAGGGUUCCCGUGGUUAUCAGCCCCCGCUCUUCCCGGAGCAAGAGGAAGAUGUCGGCAUACCCUCGGCCCAGAUGUUUGUCCGCUGCUGUCAUCAUACCUACAGUCACACCCUGAUCUGUUUCACCUGUCUUUGUGAUUGUCUCCACCCUCCUCCAGGUGUUGCCCAUCUUCCCCAUUAUCCCUAGUGUAUUUAUACCUGUGUUCUCUGUUUUUUCUUGUUGACAGUUUCGUCAAGCCUACCAGCGUUUUCCCCUUGCUCCUGGCUAUCUCAAGUUCCUGUUUUCUAGUUUCCCCGGUUUUGACCAUUCUGCAUGCCCUGACCCUGAGACUGCAGCCAUUCUGUACCUUUUGGACUCUGAUAUGGAUUACUGACCUCUGCCUGCCCUUGACCUGUCGUUUGCCUGCCCCCUGUUUUUGUUAUAAACUUUUGUUACUUCGACACUGUCUGCAUCUGGGUCUUCUCCUGAAACGUGAUACCUUUUUACAUCAAAAUAAUAACCACAGUGGUUGUAGAGGGUGCAACAGUUCAACACCUCAUGAGCAAAUGUCAGUUGGCUUUUCAUAGCUGGUAGCGGAUCCGGGAGGGAGCGAGUCAAAACAGCAGGUCCGGGACAAGGUAGCACGUCUGUUGAAAUGGGUAAAAAAAUCAGUGGAAAAACAAUUCCACUCUGAUUCCCUUUAUGGAUGUGUGUAUCUUUGAAUUCACUGUUGAAUGGCCUGCUCCUUCCCCCAAAGUGACCGCCACUCUCUCUCUUUGGGCACUCAGGAGUGUCCGCUGGGAUGGUCCUAGAGCCAGAUAUAAAUUACUCAAAUCCUAGUUCUGAUUUUACUAUAAAAUAUAUGACAGUAACGCUGGCUUCCCGAUGGCCACCAGCUGUUUCCUCAAACCAUUGUCAAUGUGUCACGGGUCAUACUCAUGGCAGAUAUUUUUUUAUUUUAUUUAACCUUUAUUUAACUAGGCAAGUAAUAAUGGUUUUAUUAUUAUUAUCCUAAAGGUACCUACGUCCUCUUCAUAAAUCCACCAAAUACACACUUACAACCCUUAGGCUAGCUACAAAUAUAGGUUAGGCUAUAGCUUACCUCAAUGUGUUGCAGGCAUCUCUCUAAUCCCUCAGUCUCCAACCAGUAACUGUUCUUCACUUCGGUCACAUGCACAGUCUCCUGGGUGAGGAUCAGGUGGGAAGCAGUCCAGGAUGGUGUAAGUGCCAAACCAGGCACAAUGGCCUGGCUCAAGAUACGAUCAGUGGACUGUCACCAAUUGUAUCCAGAAUGCCCUCUGUGUGCUGGGUCCACAUGUGGUUAACCUCUGGCACAAUGUAGAUGCGCUGUUGGUUUGCGAACUGUCGCAGUGACAUAGAUACCAGGCUGAGGAGGUGACAUGUUUCCACAAAUAUGGAGUGGGAGCCGCCAGUAAGGAAGACCAGUGAUGGCACAAACAGAUUCCCUGCAAACAACUUUCCCACUCUGGUCUGGGACUCCCACUUCCUCCUGUGGCCCACAUCACACUGUUUCCAUGGUGAUGGCAAAAAUAUUUAUUUUCAGGGAUGAACUGAUGACACCUGCUCGACAUCGUGGCUCAUUGCAGACAUUGAACAACUCCUUCAGCUUGCUAUCAAGGACUAUGUAUUUUGGAUCUUGCACACACGCUUCGAUAGUAUCUCUUGGCUCGCACUGUAAUGAUUGUGGCUCCCGAGUGGCGCAGCGGUCUAAGGCACUGCAUCUCAGUGCUUGAGGCGUCACUACAGACUCCCUGGUUCGAUUCCAGGCUGUAUCGCAACGGCCGUGAUUGGGAGUCCCAUAGGGCGGAGCACAAUUGGCCCAGCUUCGUCCGGGUUUGACCGGUGUAGGCUGUCAUUGUAAAUAAGAAUUUGUUCUUAACUGACUUGCCUAGUUAAAUAAAGGUAAAAUAAAUUGUGAUUCUGAGCUCUCAGGUUCAGACAGUGAGUCCUGAUCUUUGCGGAUAGGGGCAGGACUCGGUUGUAUAGUGAUGGUCGUGAGCGCAAUAUAGCUGGGCCUCGAGCUCUUUAGUGAUGGUCCCGGUGGAUAUCUUCUCCACCGCAGCACAGGAACCCAGGGGUCAGUUUGGCAUGCUGUAUUAACCGUUCUUUCCUGUUGGUAGAAAACAGUUAAGGCAUCUAUUAGGCUAUAGUUAUAUUCAAGAAUCACUGCAUAUACUGUAUAUUGUCCAUUUUAUAUCCAAAAUGGCCUCAGGGAUGACAGAUUGUGUCUUGAAAUAAACAAUAGCCUUAGAAGUAAGAUUGUUCGUAAAUUCAGAGCAUUUCACUCUUGGAGCGUUCAGAGCGCACACUGGACGCUCUGGCCAAGGGUUGACAAGCACCUAAGCUAAGUGGCUAAAGUUGGCUUGCUUGCUAGCUACUUCCAGACACAAAUGAGAGAACACCUAACUCUGUCCAUUUUACUCGCCCUAGCAGAGCUGGUUAGGCUGUUUUCAUGUUAUCUAGAGUGUUAGUGACUGUAACUGUGCUGCUGGCAACAAUUAUUUAAAUUUAUUUUGCAGACGGUUACUGACACCGGUCAUAUUCAACAGGUGUUGCACAUUUGGAAAUGAAUCACUUAUUCUGCGCUCUGGCACACUCAGACAGAGUGCUCUGAAAUCAGAGUAGAUAGCCAGAGUGAAUUUAUGUUCCGGCCCCACAACCAUCCGCUCCAGAAAAAAUCGGCACGCGGCUGAAUCUAGUUGAUGAUCCCUGCUGUAGGUCAUGUAACUGUUUGUUACAUGAAAUAUGCUUUGUGGACUUCACCAGACAGAGGUUGUUCUCCGGUUUUGUGAUGAAACAAAGGUGUGGUUGAAUUUAUUCUGCCACUGCGUCUUCUUAUUGUCUCAGCCUUUAGGCCUAUAUAUCAUGGUCGUAAGGCACAUGAACUAACAGGUUACAGAGCAAACAACGCAAUUAUCACAUACCUGAAGGUUGUAAUAUGGCUUUUGUUUCUGGCUUCCUGUCACGCCCUGACCUAUAGAACUCUAGUUUGUUGAGUCAGGGUGUGGAAAUCUAUGUUAGAUAUUCUAUGUUUAUGUUCUAGUUUUCUAUUUCUAUGUCUGGCCGGGUAUGAUUCCCAAUCAGAGGCAGCUGUCGCUCGUUGUCUCUGAUUGGGGAUCAUACUUAGGUAGCCCAUUGCCUACUGUGUAUUGUGGGAUCUUGUUCCGUUUAGGCGUGUAUAGCCUGAGGACUUCACGUUACGUUGUUUCUUGUUUUGUUGUAUGUUUAUUGAGUAAAUAAACAUGUACGCUUUUCACGCUGCACCUUGGUCCGACCCGUCUCUAAACGAUCGUGACAGAAGAUCCCACCAAACGAGGACCAAGCAGCGUGGCCAGGAACAGACAUCCUGGACAUGGGAGGAGAUCCUGGAUGGUAAGGGAUAUUGGACAUGGGAGGAGAUCCAGGCUGGGAUGGAUCACCGUCCUUGGGAACAUACAGAGGAAGCCCGGGUAGGAGAGGAGCAACGAGGAGGAGGCCCGAGAGGCAGCCCCAAUAUUUUUUUUUAGGGGGGCUAAAGGGGUGGUCAGGGAUCGAGAGAGAAGAGCCCCGACUACUGCACCCGGUGAGGUUCCAGUUGGAGUCCCUAUGACCAUGGGAACAGGAAUGGGAACAGUGUUACACUGAGGAGUCGGAGGAUGACGACGACGAUGAGUUUCUGUUCCCUAACCGGAGGAGUCCUCACUGGAGGAGGAUUGGGCGUGGAGAGAGAAGGACUGGAACAGUCGUGGAUCUCCAACGGCAGUUAUCAGCCAGGUACGCCCCGUUGCCUGCUUCUCGCACCAAGCCAGUGGUGCGUGUUCCCAGUCCGGCAUGGCCCGUGCCUGCUCCUCGCACCAAGCCAGUGGUGCGUGUUCCCAGUCCAGCAUGGCCUGUGCCUGCUCCUCGCACCAAGACAGUGGUGCGUGUUCCCAGUCCGGCUCGGCCCGUGCCUGCUCCUCGCACCAAGCCAGUGGUGCGUGUUCCCAGUCCGGCACGGCCCGUUCCAGGACAGAAACACACACCUAAAAUGGAGUCAGCAGGUACAGUCGGUCCGUCCGGAUCGUUGGAGGAACGUAUCCAAAGGCAGGCGAGCAGGAUCAAGGCUCUCGGCAGCGCAAUGGAGCGCGUGGUGAGUACAUUGGAGCGAUGGGAGAGAGGUGUACGUUUCUACACCUCCUCCAACCACACAACUCACCCGACCUCCAGCGACGGUCCCCUGCAGGGAGCACUUUAGCGUGUCGGUGCCCAGUCUGGGGCCGGCAACCCAGCCCAACUACAGGGUUGGAAACCACCUCUGCGUCGGUGCCCCGGAUGGGCACAACAUGCAACCCCGUUUUGGAGCAGGAGCUCCUAAACGUGUCGGUGCCCAGUCUGGGGCCGGCAACCAGUCCUACUACAGGGCUGGAAUUUUCCUCUGCGUCGGUGCCCAGGCUGGGCACAGCGUUUAGUCCUGCUCCAGAGAUGGAGAUGGAUAUGGGUCCGGAAGUUUGCUCUACUCCAGAGCCAGAGCAGUCCGCUCCACCGGUGUCCAGUUCAGCUCCGGUCGGUGGCUCCACUCCGGAGCUAGAGCAGUCCGCUCCACCGGGGUCCAGUUCAGCUCCGGUCAGCUGCUCCACUCCGGAGCCAGAGUAAUCCGCUCCACCGGUGCCUGAUCCAGCUCCGGUCGGUUGCUCCACUCCAGAGCCAGAGCAGCCCGCUCCACCGGUGCCCAGUCCAGCUCCGGUCAGCUGCUCCAUUCCGGAGCCAGAGCAGUCCGCUCCACCGGUUUCCAGUCCAGCUCCGGUCAGCGGUUCCACUCCGGAGCCAGAGCAGUCCGCUCCACCGGGGUCCAGUUCAGCUCCGGUCAGCGGCUCCACUUCAGACCCAGAAGUCAGCCCCUCUCCAGGGUCGGGGCCUCCCACACCAGGGUCCAGACAGGGCUUGGUGCAUCGCGGGAGGAUUGCCGAUCCAGGCCCAGACGUCAGCCCCUCUCCAGGUUCGGGGUCUCCCACACCAGGGUCCAGACAGGGCUUGGUGCAUCGUGGGAGGAAGGAGAGGGGAAGCAUCGCGCCGAGGUCCAGACCAGACCAGGGGCGCAACGGGGAGGCAGAGAGGGAGAGGUCGUCACGCCCGGAGCCAGAUCCGCCUCCGAGGCUGAAAGCCCACCCGGACCCUCCCCUGUCAUGUCAGGUUUGUGUGGCCGGAGUCCGCACCUUUGGGGGGGGGGGUACUGUCACGCCCUGACCUAUAGAUCUCUAGUUUGUUGAGUCAGGGUGUGGAAAUCUAUGUUAGAUAUUCUAUGUUUAUGUUCUAGUUUUCUAUUUCUAUGUCUGGCCGGGUAUGAUUCCCAAUCAGAGGCAGCUGUCGCUCGUUGUCUCUGAUUGGGGAUCAGACUUAGGUAGCCCAUUGCCUACUGUGUAUUGUGGGAUCUUGUUCCGUUUAGGCGUGUAUAGCCUUAGGACUUCACGUUACGUUGUUUCUUGUUUUGUUGUAUGUUUAUUGAGUAAAUAAACAUGUACGCUUUUCACGCUGCACCUUGGUCCGACCCGUCUCUCAACGAUCGUGACACUUCCCCAGUGAUUUUACCCAUGCACUGCUACUGUUUUAUGGCGAGAACGUAUCAUUUUGUCUGCUACUUCUGGAGAAGUGCAAAAAUAAUCUGUAAAAUGGUUCCAUGAUGUUUAUAAAACAUUACAUUUGCGAUUGCGAGCAGUAUAACGGUGAGUGGACAUUGCCCCUUUCUCUUUAUCUGUAUUAUAUGCCCACGAGGAACAGUUAUGGUGCCUAUAACUGUAUUUAGACAUAGCCUAUUUAAAACAAGUUGUUAUUUCGUUUUUAUAAGAAUUUGAUUAGAAUUAUACACUGUCUUUUUAGGCCUUAUCAAUAGCCUAGUGAAUGUAAUCUUGCUUAUUGACUGCAAGUCCAGACUGCAAUUUACAGUAGGCCUAGCCCUUAUAUCAGUGCGACGCUGUAGCCUAUGUUUAACAAUAUUUUUCCAUAUUGAAGAAAUCCAAUUUGAACAAUGUGGACUGCAAACAUGUAAAACAAUAUUUUGCAAAUAUGGGGCAGGCUAUUUAACGAAUUAGGCUAUAACGGAUUAACAUUAGAGUUGGUGAAAACGCAAUAGGAUAAAUGACCUUAAAUACACUAUUUGAAGCAACCACAUAUUUAGCCAUGGAGCACGUUGGCCAGUGAGGGGCCAAGCCUUGACACACCCACAACUUGUUUAUUCAUAAAAACUGGUUGUGAAAAUAGCCAAAAUAUUUCAGACUCAGCCCUGAAUCUAUAACACUACUGCCAGCGCUAAGAUUCACCUUUGCAUUACGUUUGUUAAAAUAGAGCCCUCUGCAACUAGGCCUAAUACUGCUACCAUUAAAACUACAACCACUUCUACUGCUAGCCUACUGUACCUCCAGACCUUCACUGUGAGACCUUUCUACCCAGGCCAGAGCCCAGUGUGUCCAGGCAUCCCCAUGCCUCGCCCUUCUCUCUGGGCAAUCGUGAGCUCACCACUGUGUCCCUGAAAGUGGCAGAGGAUAGCCCGCUAUGCCACAAGCCCAGAGUGACCCUCUCCACCCAGCGCAGCAGUGCCCGCUUCGGAGCACCCAGCCACAGCCCCUUCUUCUGUAGGAACAACCCCCACCCACAGAGGGUCAGGCACGUCAAGGGUAAGUUUGAUGCACCCAGAGACACAAAGAGGCAUGCAUAUUCGCACACAUGCAAACAUACACAUACAUACAUACACACACACACACACACACACACACACACACACACACACACACACACACAGUGUCUAUUCAUUUACUAAUAGUUGAGUCACAUUCCCACCUAGCAGACGAAGAAUAGCAUUGGUACAGUGCCUCAAGAUUAUUUAAUUUACAGGUAAUUAAACAAUGCCUCCAUCCUUCAGAUAAUACAUUUUUAAUCCAUAUCUGUUGUUUCCACAGGUAUCAAUGACAAACAAAUCUGUGUUGUCAAUGAUGUCACCUUUGGCCAGAUGCCCCAGUACUGCUUGGGCAGGGUCCUGACCCCUGAGAAGAAUCUGGUGUUGCAGUCAAACAUGCCAACGGCGGCCAUCGGCACCAACAGCACUUACCUCCCUAUUGACGUCCUCACGGGCCUCCAGUUCUUCCCCCUGAAGCAGAUGGAUUCCCCCUCUCUGAGGUUACGUACGUUCAGACAGUCUGUCAGUCUGGCCCCAGAUCUGUUUGUGUCAUGUCAAUGGCCAUAGGAGUUGGCAAGACUCCUUCAAUACAGCAAGCCUCUGUCAAUUUGACCCUUUCUCUCUUUUUUAUGGUGAUGUCAUUUAUGUACAUACCAGCCCUAUUGAUCCUGUGAUAUGGUGUUGUGAGGAAGUAGUUCUCUUGUAAAAUGGAUGUGCUUUGGUUCAUUCCCAGCUGCAUCCAGCUGUAUUCCCGUGGAGUAGCCUACUGUACAUUGUUUUGUGUUUACAACUGAGGUACUUAUGUACUGCUAAACAAAGUUACGAUGACGUUCUGAUUGAACUGUUAACGUUUUUGUGUGUUCAAUUUCAUUAUAUUGAUGUUGCAUUUUUGGAAAUAAUUCCUAUAGCUGCAUGUUAUGCCUGUGUAUUGUAGUGUUGCUGAAAGUAAAAACAGGCAUGUAGAGUGAGAAUGAAACUGUAGACCCUAGAGCAUUCUGCUACAGGUAACCAGAUAUCAGUGUGAUGGUUAAGCACUGUUACAUGUUACAACUGCUGCCCAAAGCAGCUCAUUCAAUACAAACUAUGGGAUAAAUUGGUAGGGACGAUGAAUGGGGAAACAACAAUUAUUUAAAACCACAUUCAUGGUGGUGACCUAAAGACACUCAGAAUCUAUGUAUGUAUAUGUGUGUGUGUGUUGUUAGGCUAUCGACAUUGUGGUAAGUUCCAUAAUGAAAAUAAUGGUACAGAAAAAAUACAAAAUAAGCACAGUACAGUGUAAACAUCGAAAUCACAUGUAUGCAGUUGUCACACUACAACAAAUAUGUUUGUCAGAUCUUGAAUAAGGCAUAUGUAGGCCUUAUUGCAGGCUUAGUGUUAGCAGAGAAUGAAUUUGCUGCUGUUUUGUUCUCUUCCAAGUGACCAAGGCCUGGCGUGAGGAGUUGCGAGAGUUGACAGAGAGGGCAGGGCUUUUGGGACCAGGUGGAAGAGGUGAGAUGGAAUAUCAUUUUCAUAAGAUUAAAUUGUAUUAUUAUAUACUGUCCACCCAAGUCUUGGUAAAUUCCACUUCAACUCCACCACAAGAAAGGCUGAAUCCUAACUGGAGAGCUCUUAACUCCAGAUUUGGACAUCAAUGAGAGAAAGUUGGAGUGGGAUUGAAUUGAAAUUGUAUUGACCUCCAACCCCAAGUGCUGCAUAAUGCUACAAAAUAUAACAUUUAGUUUAAUAAUGUGCUCCUAACGCUUAAGAGGAAACCAUAUCAGUCAAAACCAUUUGUAAGUGCUGUUAUAGAUACACAUUCUGUGUCUGGUGAAAAAAAUUGUUGUUUGGUUUGAGGGUUAGGUUUAGGUAAGAGUUAGGGUUAAGAUUAGAGUUAGGAUUAGGGUUGUUGGUUGUUACCCCAUUGCCCUCUGACCUCCAGGCAGUGGUGUCCCCUUAUUCCCCCAGUCCAGCUGUGUGUCAGCCCUCGGGGGGUCUACAGACAGAGAGGGGAACCUAACACUACAGCUGAUGGUGAGCACUAGUGUUCUUCAUGUUUGAAAACAAUUCCAAGGCACUUCCCACUGGGCACAGACGUCAAUUUAACGUCUAUUUCAUGUUGGUUCCACGUCAUUUCAUUGAAAUGAUGUGGAAACAAGGUUGAUUCAACCAGUGUGCGCCCAGUGGAUUUUAAAUAUAACUACAGAUCAGUUGAACUUGUCCCCAAAAUGCCCGAAAGCUGCAAGGAAUGUUAAAAACAAUUGCAAAAUGUUUCAGUUAUAGGUUGCCUUCAUGAUGGCCUUCGAGUUACAGCUUGUAACAUCACGUUAUGACAUAGUUUGAACACUCUUAUAUAUCGUAGGUGAUUGAUAUGCUGUGUCAGAUACUGCAGACUGAGUCUAUAGGGGAUGUCCAGCAAUGGAUUCUGACAGCUGGUCAAAGAGGUAAGUGCACUGAACUGCACAUAUACACCAAUCCAUUUAGCAUGCAGUCACUGUUAUUUAGAGCCCUUUUCUAGUUGUUGAAAUCCAGCUGCAGAGCAUAGUGAGGGAAAGACAAGAUUAGAUAGAUAAGAUAGUUAUUUAUUCAUACCCCAAAGGAAAUGUGAUAGCACCAGCCAAAUUAACAGUAACAAAAGGAUACAUUAUCAAGAAACAUUCUAUCACAACACUAAAGUGAGACUCCGCAAUUAGCGUUGCCACAGGCAGAAUGAACCAAGAAUAUUGCAGAUGAGCGAGAUGCAAGACACCCUCACACAAAGCAUAUGAUGCACUCACACAAAGUAUCUGUCUUUAAAAGUCCCCAAAAAUAGUGUUAAUCAGGACCAUAAUCCCAAGUCCUGACUAAAAUCCAUCAGGAUGUAUACAUUGAUCUGUCAUGGCGUUAACCUAUGGUGGUAUUUACUUUUGUGCAGAAAAGGACCAGGUUCUAAGUCUGCUGUGUUCCGCCCUGGCCAAGGACCCUGUCUCAGCCUAUGAGGCUCCGGGAGGAGAGCAGCUGACAGUGAAGGAGGUUCAAAACCUCUGUCCUGCCUCCAGAAUGGCUUCGAUCAGUGAGGAGGAUACCACCAGGUUAGUGUUUCCAACCAGAGAAUAACAUCAUUGUAAGACACCUAUAACAAAUGUUGUCUGCUGGGAUGAUCGAUUGUUGAAACAUUGGUUGUUUUUUAAUUGUUGGGUCAAUGGAAGAUGGCAAAAGCUUUUAGUGGAUCACAGCAAAAAAAUUAUGUUUUGGAACCAUUGCACAUUGCAAGUUGGCUGCACACUUCACAGCAUACAGCCCCAGGACCAAAUGCGGCCUAAAAAGUAAUUGAUGAUGUGGGGGGGGGGGGGGGGGGGGGGAUCCUAGUUCUUAAGGAAUUCUAUUUGAAAUUGGAUGAAUGAUGAUGCAAUGCCAUGUAGUAUGAAAUCACCAUGCUCCUUGAAUCAUUUCAAUAUCUGGCUGCCACUUCCCCCCUGGACAAAUACUAUAAGUUGUGCAGCCCUGCACUAGGUACUGUAUAUCAAUACUGCUACACGCUGGCCAAUACAUUUGCCUAUUCAAAAAGGACAGCCUGUAAUGUAUUUACAAAAUAUAUUAUCUUUACUCUUUACAGAGAUCAUUCCCUAGAAAUGAUGUCAAACUGUGACUCUGGUGAGUCUCCAAGGUUAAGAGCUGACAAAUAGUAUAAUUAAUUUACCUAGUAAUUGAUGUAUUGAUUGAUUCACUCCAUGUCUGGAGGUCUGUCUAUCUAUAAUACACCAUUCCCAGGUAAACUGGAGGAUGCAGACACAGAGAGGGCAGAGUCCAAGACCUCCAGGGAGAGGCACAGCGCCAGACCCCUGAGUACCCAGAGGACCCUAGGUAGCCCCACCGUGUGUCACCUCAACCAGAAAGUGGUCCUACGCUACACCAAGCGGGCCCUGACGCCUCACACGCCACCAGAAGUGUUCCAGGCCGAAUGGCCCAACUAUACCCAGCAGACACCUGACCCACUCGUGAUUUAA